GGGAAUUGUCAAAAAAAAAAAAGAGGGGAAAAGUAGACGCACGAGCAGAGCUCAUCGUCUUGGGCGUGGCGGUGCUCUGCUCCAUCGAUCCCCUUCCCCGCCCAAAUCGGAGCCACGCUCGCCGGCGGGAUCCUCCUCCACCACCGCCCUAAUUCCUCCAGCACCUCCACGCUCGCGCCUUCUCUCCAUCCCGGACCUCGCCCCACCACGGAGUGGCUGGCCGGGGACUCUUGGUGCCGGAGACGGGAGGGGGGCAUCGCCGGCGACCGGAGAGGAGAGGCGAGGGGAGGCUCGCGCUUCGGAAAGGGUCGUUGUCGUCUCGCCGGAGCCGUGGGCGCACGCGCGGCGGAGCUAGGGGAGGCCACGGCCAGGGGCCACUGCGAGUUCGAUUCCCCACGGUGUAAUUGCCAUGGAUGAGCAGUUCAUCCUCCGCGUGCCCCCUUCUGUGGCGGAGCAGAUUGAGCGUCUUAUGAACGAAUCUGCUGCCGGCUCAUCCUCCAACCCCGAGGAUGCCUCCCUCGACCUCUCCUUCUCAGAUGAUGGAAGAAGUGGCACAUUCAUGAUUGGUAACAAGAGCUUUCCUGCAUCUCUCUUGGAUCUCCCAACUGUUGUGGAGUCAUAUAAGACAUAUGAUGAUUCAUUUUUAGUUAAAGCUGCUGAUAUUGGUCAGAUGGUAAUGGUAAGAGAAGAUGUUGAUCCUGCUCCAGAAGAAGUUGAAUACAAGCAUGGACUUACUCCUCCAAUGAGGGAUGCACGUAGGCGACGUUAUCGCAGAGAGCCUGACUUGAAUGCAGAGCUUGUUCACCGUGUUGAGAAGGAUCUUAUAAGUAUUAUGCAUGGAGUGUCUGUCAAAAGUGGUGAAGGUGGGGGUGGUGAAGGUGGUGACCGCAAGAAAGCUGCACCAGCUCCUGCACCCAAGCCAGACGCUCAAGAGCCUGCUGCAAAUGGCGAAGAAGCUGAGCCUGAGAGGAGUGACUCUGAUGACUCGGAGAACUGAAGUGGGCCAGAAUAGAUAGUGUAGCUUCAGUUGGCCGAGCAAUCCGGUGAAUUAAGCGAUUCAGAUCAAAGAAAGUGUACUUUUACCAAGCAAGGGCGCUUGUUGUCUUUUUAGGACCUAUUGGUUAUCAUCUGAAUAAUAUUAGGAGUGUGCGACUUUGCAUCAUGGUGGAAGAGGUCAUAAGGGUGAUUGUAACUGCUGCUAGUUCCUGAAUUUUGCACUCCAGUUCUGUUACUUCGAACGACGAAUUGGAUGAUAUAUCACCGUAAUUUUAGUCUGGCCAA